AACCCAACACAAACGAGAGAGAGAGAGAGAGAGAGAGAGAGAGAGAGAGAGAGAUGGAUGGUGGUAGUGGUGAAAGUAAGAGCAAGAGGGCAUGUAGAUGUUGUGCCAAAGAGGGACUGAAUAGAGGAGCAUGGUCAGCUCAAGAGGAUAAAAUACUUAUGGGCUACAUUCAAACCCAUGGAGAAGGGAAAUGGAGAGAGCUCCCUCAGAAGGCAGGUUUGAGGCGAUGCGGGAGGAGUUGCAGGCUCAGAUGGCUGAACUAUCUAAGGCCAGACAUAAAGAGGGGAAACAUUUCCAAGGAUGAAGAAGAUCUCAUUAUUAGACUUCAUAAGCUCCUUGGUAACAGAUGGUCUUUGAUAGCAGGAAGACUACCUGGACGAACAGACAAUGAAAUCAAGAACUAUUGGAACACAAAUUUGAACAAAAAAUUGCAAGGUAAAACAUGCAUAAGUGCUAAAAAUAAGAAGCUUAAAGGCAUUUCUUCAUUGGAAGUGCCCAAAGUGAAGUUAGGGAACAACCCUAAUUUCAUUCAGGCCAAAGCUACAGAGUGCAAUAAGGCUUCUCCCCCUGAACAUGAAGGAAAUCAUAUAAACUCUAAUAAUCUUGAACUUGUAUUGGAUGGAGAGAACUCAAUCCAAAGAGUCUUCGACUCUUCAGGUUUUCUUAUUGAUACCGACAUCAACGAGCUUUGCAUCUCGGAUUUUCUAAAUUCGGAUUUCUUACAAGUUCUUCAGUGUGAUGAUGAGAUUCAAGUAGACGCAACUGGUACUGGAGAUGAUGGAAGGAAUAGAAACUCAUCUUACUCUAAUGAUGAAGCAAGGCUAGAAAAUUGGACAAGUAAUGACAAUGUUCAAACCAAUUCAACUUGGGAGCUUAGUAGUCUCUAUUGAUUUUUUGGUUUAGAGAAUGAAAGUAUGGAAAGACAAUAAGUAGUACU